AUGUCUAAAUUAACUAUUAUUACUUUUGUUUGUUUUUUUAUAAUUUAUGUUGUUUAUGGAAUUUCAUUACAAACCAAUGAUUCAUCAGUUGGACCAUGUUUAGAUAAAAUGUGUAUGGAAGGUUAUGAAUGUAAAAAUGAUUUAUGUUAUAAAAUAUCUCAAAAUAUCUCUAGCAAUAAUUUUAGUUCUCAAAUUAUUGGACCUUGUGUCAACGGUAACUGCCCAGAUGGAUAUGUUUGUAAAGAAGAUUCUUGCUAUUUACAAUAA